CCGGCGUCCGGCGCCAGACCCCAGCCGAGCGCCCUGCAGCUGCUAUCGCUCCUGCCCCAUCGAUCUCCGCCGCAGCCAUGACCAGGACCGCCGCCUCCGCCACUGCCCCGCUGCUGCUGCUCUUGCUCCUCCUCCUGGGGGCGCUCUGGGACUCCUGCCCGCCAGCUGCCUCCGCUCCAGUGGGUUCCGACCCCCCGACCUCCUGCUGCUUCACGUACACCGCCAAGAAGAUCCCCCGCGAGUAUGUGGUCGACUACUAUGAAACCAACAGCCGGUGCUCCCAGCCUGCCGUUGUGCUCAUCACACGGAAGCGCAAAGAGAUUUGUGCCAACCCUACAGAGCGAUGGGUCCAGGAGUACGUGAAGGACCUGGAACUGAACUGAAAGGGCUUAGAACAGAGCCAUUUCUGGCAGAAUUAAAGGACUGAGGGAGGCCGGGGCCAUUGGUCCUGUGGUUGCCCAGCAUGAAGUCCUGCCCCCCUCGAGCGAGGACACGACAAGGAUCCUAAGUUUGCUUUUCUGGGAACUCCCAGUUACUUCUCAGGGCAUUGCUAUCGUAAUUUAAAUGUAUUUAUUUUGCUCACGGCCAGAACUUUGUUCUUAAUUAUUUUAUUUAUGCAACUCGGAAGGGAUACUAAAAUAACACACUUUUUUAUCAUUUUAUCUAUAUUUGUAACACAGAGUGAGAGAGAAUAAUGAUAUCUGCAAUAAAUAUUUUUCUACUAA